GGCGCCGCUUCCGGUGCGGGCCCCGCCCCGGCUGUGGCCCCCUGGCUGCGGAGAAGUCCGAGAGGCAGCUGCGGCGCCGGGGCGUCGGCGGCCGCGUCUCCCAUCGCCUGCGGAAUCGGAGCGCGCACACAGGUUUAGACCUAGUGUGCCUGUUGGGCCGUGCUCAGGUUCGGAGCCAUGCCAGUCAGUGGGUGAAGCUUGAGGCAGUGAUGGAGCCACUGCAGCAGAAGCAGCCACAGCCGCCGCCGCCGCCGCUGCCGCCGCCGCACCUGGCCCCUCUGCCGAUGGAUGCCAGAGAGAAGCAAGGCCAGCAGAUGAGAGACUCCCAGCUCUUGUAUGCCCAGAAGCUGGCCACACAGCAAACUCUCCUUUCUGCCACACCUGGGAGGCCUUCUGGCAGCCCUUCCCUGGGUCCCUUGGCCAGAGUCCCACCAGCCGCAGCAGUGGCCCGGGCUUUUGAACGGAGCAACGUGAACUCAGAGCCUGAGGAAGAGGAAGGAGGCUUGGAAGAUGAGGACGGGGAUAAUGACGUUGCAGAGGUGUCUGAGAAAGAUGCCCAGGCUGCUUCACAAUAUUUUCAUGUGCAGAAAGUGGUUCGCCAAGACCCUAGAGCAGCACCUGUGUCUGGUCUACUUCCAGCACCAGGGCUCCCACCGCAUGGACAGCAAGCGAAAGAGGACCAUACCAAAGAUGCUUCCAAGGCCCCACCUUCUGUCUCCGCGGCCGGGCAGCCGAGCUGGAAUCUGGAUGAGCAGCUCAAGCAGAAUGGUGGUUUGGCCUGGAGUGAUGAUGCAGAUGGAGGCCGGGGAAGAGAGAUCUCUCGAGAUUUCGCCAAGCUGUAUGAACUGGACGGUGAUCCGGAAAGGAAAGAGUUCCUGGAUGACCUCUUCAUCUUUAUGCAGAAGAGGGGGACCCCCAUCAACCGAAUCCCCAUCAUGGCCAAGCAGAUCCUGGACCUGUAUAUGCUAUAUAAGCUGGUGACAGAGAAGGGGGGCCUGGUGGAGAUCAUCAACAAGAAGAUCUGGAGGGAGGUCACCAAAGGCCUGAACCUGCCCACAUCCAUCACCAGCGCUGCCUUCACCCUGCGCACCCAGUACAUGAAGUAUCUCUACGCCUACGAGUGUGAGAAGAAAGCCUUGAGCUCCCCAGCCGAGCUCCAGGCAGCCAUCGACGGCAACCGGCGGGAGGGCCGGCGGCCCGGCUACAGCUCCUCCCUCUUUGGCUAUUCUCCCGCCGCCGGGGCCCCUGCGCUUCUCUCCCCACCCAAGGUCCGCUUCCCCAUCCUCGGGCUGGGCUCCAGCAGUGGCACCAGUGCCAGCAGCCCCCGGAUCGCCCCGGCAGCUACUCUCAGGAAAGGUGAUGGAGUUCCAGUGACAGCGGUGCCCGUGCCAAAUCGCCUGGCCGUGCCUGUGACCCUGGCAGGCCAGCAGGCCAGUACCCGGACGGCCGCACUGGAGCAGCUUCGGGAGCGGCUGGAGUCAGGGGAGCCCCCUGAGAAGAAGACGGCCAGGCUGUCGGAGGAGGAGCAGCGCCUGGUGCAGCAGGCCUUCCAGCGCAACUUGCUCAGUGUGGCCCGGCAGCUGCCCAUGAAGAUCAGGAUCAACGGCAGGGAAGACAGAUCGGAGGCCGCAGCUGCGGCGCUGAACCUGACCACAGGCAGCAUCGGGAGCAUCAGCAUGUCCGUGGACAUCGACGGCACCACCUAUGCAGGUGUGCUGUUCGCGCAGAAGCCCGUGGUCCACCUCGUCGCGGGGUCGGCGCCGCCAAGUGCCGGGAGCAGUGCCAGCAGCAGCUCCCACUGCUCGCCGAGCCCCACCUCCUCCAGGGGCACCCCCAGUGUGGAGCCCUCCACCAGCUGGUCACUUUGAGGGCCAGCUUCCUUCCGUGCUCUCCCGCCGAGAGCGAGGGAGGUUGACACACAGAAUUUACCUCAUCUCUCGGACCCCAUGUCAGACACCAUUUGAGGGUUUGGACAUGUCGUCUGUCCAGACUCCAUUCAGGUCCUGCUGUGCUCUAGGGACAGGGAGAGGCUGCGGGGCAGAUCAGGGCAGCGUUGUCCAAUCAGGGAUUGUCCUGGAGAACUGGGCAGGGUGCGUGCCUCCCGCCUCCUCCAGGGUUCCCGGGCCACCUCCAACCCCGGGAACGGUGUAUUGACAAUCUAAGCCGACACAGGGCUGGAGACCCUCCACGCCCCUUCUCCUUUAAUUUAUUUCCCUUCCCCUGCUUUCUACCAUGACCCCAGGGUUGCUCGUCUCUUCCCCUGCUCAGCCUCCCAGUCUUUAGCUCCCAUGGGGGGUUUCUGCCCUGGGGCCCUUCUCUGCUUGAGCAUGGGCCCACAUUGCCUACGGUGUCUUGUUCCUGGAGUAUGGGUCCCUCAAAUUCAAGUCUUGAAGCAGUCCUCAGGGCUCCACAUCACCCUUUUAAGUGUUCAAGAAAGGGCACAUGAGGACAUUCCUCAGGUCCCAGGGCCUACUGGGCAUCUGCUGAGGGAGGGGCAGGACCUCUGGCGGCUGCCCAGGCAGGCCCUGGACCCCACUUCACACUGACCCUUUUCCAGCCCUCCCAGACCACAUGCUCCCCUCCUGCCCUUGUUGGCCAGCUCUCCCGAGAACAGCCCACUUGUCCCUUAGGCCCCCUUCUCAUAGGGUCACCUCAGCCCCAUUUUCCCCAAACCUGCUGAUGUCAGGUUCAUUGAAAUACCUCAGAUUUGUAAUUGUUGAUGUUUAAUUGUUCAGGAAGUAUUUGCAUCUCUGAAAUCUUUUUAUAUGUG